CUUGACAUUUUCCAUCUCUCAACUAUCAAUGCCCUGCACCUUUAGUCCUGCAAUGUAAUGAUGAGGAAUAACAUCAACAUGCAUGCAUCCAGUAGAAACGAAUUUAUGUGAUUUAAUUGGUGGAGUUAGAAAAUGACUAGUUAUUUGUUCAAUUCUCCCCUGUCAAACUUUCUUUUACGCCACUGGUUUGGAUCUUUUUAAUAUGCCCAUUUUCAAUUGCAGGUUUUGAUAUGUCGAAACGAGGCUGAAAAAUGCUUAAUAGAAACGUCUAUCAAUUCACUACGGAUAAGCCUCAAGGUGAAAAAAAAUAAUCUUUCCCUGGAUGUUUCUUUUUCCAGGUAAAACAAGGCCGAUGAACUUGAAAAUAUACUAGCUUUUGUCAAUGAGGGCAGAAGCAUUUCAAGUUAUGAGAAGAAAACCAGUUCAGGGUUACGACAUCAGUUUCCUUAUCACAAACUAUCAUUGUAAAGAGAUGCAGAAGCAAAAGCUCAUUGAUUUUAUCGUGCAGUUCAUGGAGAACACUCGCCGGUUCGGGGACUCCACGGCUUGCGUCAAUGGAGUUGCAGUCGGAUGCAGGCCAAAGUGUGAGGUUCCCAUUGAUUCCUGCAGGUUGGUCGGGUCAAAUUUGGGGACGGAAUGGGUGCUCGUUCGAUGCCACUGGUGUCGGGUCUCGUCGGACCAAAGAUUGUGGUGAAGCAUCAAUGUGAUGGCAUUGACAUCCGGCAU